AUGGCAAAUACCGAAGUUGUUACAAAUAGUGGUAACUCUCAGCCCGAGGAAAAUGGCUGCACGUUUAACCAGAACACAUCUCCCUCUGAGGAGCUUCUAUUGGAAGACCAGAUGAGGCGAAAACUCAAAUUUUUUUUCAUGAAUCCUUGUGAGAAAUUCUGGGCUCGAGGCAGAAAACCAUGGAAACUUGUCAUACAAAUUAUAAAACUUGCAAUGGUGACUAUCCAGCUGGUCUAUUUUGGGCUAAGUAACCAGAUGGUGGUAGCUUUCAAGGAAGAUAACACGAUAGCAUUCAAACACCUCUUCCUAAAAGAAUAUGUGAACCAACCAGAUGACACGUAUGCAGUUUACACACAGAGUGAUGUAUACAGUCAGAUCAUCUUCGCAGUGAACCAGUACUUGCAGCUACGCAACAUCUCGAUCGGGAACCAUGCUUAUGAGGAUAAGGGCUCGGAGCAGUCUGGCAUGGCAAUCUGUCAGUACUUCUACAAGCAAGGAAACAUCUGUCCUGGGAACGACACCUUUGACAUUGAUCCCCAAAUUGAAACUGAAUGUUUCUCCGUGGAGCCAGAUGACAUUUUUUACAUUGGAACACCGGAGGAAAAUAAACUCAACCUAACACUGGACUUUCACAGACUCCUAACAGUGGAGCUGACCUUUAAACUGAAGGCCAUCAAUCUGCAGACUAUUCGUCAUCACGAGCUCCCUGACUGUUACGACUUCACUCUGACUAUAACAUUUGACAAUAAAGCCCAUAGCGGAAGGAUUAAGAUAAGUUUAGAUAAUGACAUUUCCAUCAGAGAAUGUAAAGACUGGCAUGUUUCUGGAUCAGUUCAGAGAAACACUCAUUACAUGAUGAUCUUUGAUGGCUUUGUUAUCCUGAUGUGCCUGACUUCGUUAAUCCUGUGCCUUCGAUCUGUGAUUAAGGGAAUUCAGCUGCAACAGGAAUUUGUCAAUUUUUUCCUCCUCCAUUAUAAGAAGGAGGUUUCUGUUUCUGAGCGAAUGGAAUUUGUCAAUGGAUGGUACAUCAUGAUUAUUAGUAGUGACUUAUUGACAAUCAUUGGAUCAAUUCUGAAAAUGGAAAUCCAAGCCAAGAGUCUAUCAAGUUAUGAUGUCUGCAGCAUACUUCUCGGGACCUCCACCUUGCUUGUGUGGCUGGGCGUCAUCCGGUACCUCAGUUUCUUCCACAAGUACAAUCUUCUUAUCCUGACCCUUCAGGCAGCGCUGCCCAGUGUCAUGAGGUUCUGCUGCUGUGCAGCUGUGAUUUAUUUUGGCUAUUGCUUCUGUGGAUGGAUUGUGCUGGGACCUUACCAUGAAAAGUUCCGUUCUCUGAACUUGGUCUCCGAGUGCCUUUUUUCUCUGAUAAAUGGAGAUGAUAUGUUUGCGACGUUUGCAGGAAUGCAUCAAAAAAGUUACUUGGUCUGGCUAUUUAGCAGAAUUUACCUCUACACGUUCAUCAGCCUCUUUGUCUAUAUGAUUCUAAGUCUUUUCAUCGCACUGAUCACUGAUACAUAUGAAACAAUCAAGCAUUACCAGCAGGAUGGCUUCCCAGAGACCAGCCUUCGGACAUUUAUAUCAGAGUGCAAAGAUCUACCCAACUCGGGAAAGUACAGAUUAGAUGACGAACCUCCAGGAUCUAUAUUCUGCUGUUGUACCAAGUAG